ACACCCACUGCAGCCCAGGAAGGGUGCUGUGGCUUCCUCAUUUCUGUUACUGGAAGUUCGAGAUCCCUGAAGCCAGGAGGGAGAGACAUGUGCGGCUUGCUGAGCAGUGGUAGAACCUCUGUGCACCGAGGCCAGACUAUCUAGACCCAAAAGCCAGGAGGAAGAGGCUUGGUCCCAUGGCUGUGAUGCUUUGAAGUCUAGUCCCUCAGCUAGGACCUCAGCAUCCCCCGCGGAUGGCAUCUUCGGAGAUCUUGACCAAGCUGCUUCUCCUUGGGAUGGGUAAACCAAGAAGAAUUUGAAGUUUGAGGCUGCUGUUUCUUAUCCAGUGAUGUAGAGGACAUGGGCCUGUGAUCAUCUUGUUUCAUAGGGACAGGUUUUCAGUGCAUGGUCCCAGAUGAGAUUCUAAUGGCCACCCCGGGGGGCAGGUGUUGACACGUUGCCCAGCCCCAGGCACCUGCCAUCUUGCCAUCGGAAUAUCUCAAUGCCACAGUGCUCCUGCGGCAAGGUGGCCUGGGGUCCACUGUUGCCUUCUAAGACCAUAAAACCAUGGGAAACGCAGAAAGUCAAACAGUAGCGCAUGAGUUUUAUGGAGAAAAGCAUGCCAGCCUGGGGCGGAAGCACACAUCCCGUUCACUGCGCCUCUCGCACAAGACACGGCGGGCAAGGCACGCAUCCUCCGGGAAGGUGAUCCACAGAAACUCAGAAGUGAGCACGCGAUCCAGCAGCACCCCCAGCAUCCCACAGUCCCUGGCCGAAAAUGGCCUGGAGCCCUUCUCCCAGGAGGGGACCCUCGAGGACUUUGGGAGCCCCAUCUGGGUGGACCGUGUGGAUAUGGGCUUGAGACCUGUGUCUUACACAGAUUCCUCUGUCACACCCAGUGUUGACAGCAGCAUUGUCCUCACCGCAGCCUCUGUGCAGAGCAUGCCAGAUUCGGAGGAGAGCAGGCUCUAUGGGGAUGACGCUACGUACUUGGCUGAGGGAGGCAGGAGGCAGCAUCUUUUCACCUCCAAUGGACCCACUUUCAUGGAGACGGCGAGCUUUAAGAAGAAACGCUCGAAAUCUGCAGACAUCUGGCGGGAGGAUAGCCUGGAAUUCUCACUCUCCGAUCUGAGCCAAGAACAUUUAACAAGCAACGAAGAAAUCUUGGGUUCCGCCGAAGAGAAGGAGUGCGAGGAGGCUGCUCGGGGGAUGGAAACACAGACAAGUCCGCGGCAGCUCAGCACCUGUCAGCGUGCCAAUUCCCUCGGUGACUUGUAUGCUCCGAAAAACUCAGGGGUGACAGCAAACGGAGGACCCAGGAGCAAAUUUGCUGGCUGUUGUCGGAAUUUGGUGUCUAAUAUUCCUGAUCUUGCAAACCAUAAGAUGCCACCAGCUGCUGCCGAUGAGACUCCUCCGUACAGUAAUUAUAACACACUUCCCUGUCGGAAAUCUCACUGUCUUUCCGAGGGUGCCACCAACCCACAGAUUAGCCAUAGCAACAGCAUGCAAGGCAGAAGAGCAAAAACAACUCAGGAUGUUAACACAGGUGAAGGCAGUGAGUUUGCGGACAGUGGGAUUGAAGGGGCCACCACGGACACGGACCUGCUGUCCAGGCGCUCCAAUGCCACCAACUCGAGCUACUCGCCACCCACCGGCCGUGCCUUUGUGGGCAGUGACAGCGGCAGCAGCUCCACUGGGGAUGCAGCUCGCCAGGGGGUAUAUGAGAACUUCAGGCGGGAGCUGGAGAUGAGCACGGCCAAUAGUGAGAGCCUGGAAGAGGCCGGGUCUGCGCACAGCGACGAGCAGAGCAGUGGUACCCUGAGCUCGCCUGGCCAGUCGGACAUCCUGCUGACCGCCGCGCAGGGCACGGUGCGCAAGGCAGGUGCCUUGGCCGUCAAGAACUUCCUGGUGCACAAGAAGAACAAGAAGGUGGAGUCAGCCACCCGCCGCAAAUGGAAGCACUACUGGGUGUCACUCAAAGGGUGCACACUGUUUUUCUACGAGAGUGACGGCAGGUCGGGAAUAGACCACAACAGCAUCCCCAAGCAUGCCGUGUGGGUGGAGAACAGCAUCGUGCAGGCUGUGCCGGAGCACCCCAAGAAGGACUUUGUCUUCUGCCUCAGCAAUUCCUUGGGCGAUGCCUUCCUGUUCCAGACCACCAGCCAAACGGAGCUUGAGAACUGGAUCACAGCCAUCCACUCGGCCUGUGCAGCUGCUGUGGCCAGGCACCACCACAAAGAAGACACGCUCCGACUGCUGAAGUCAGAAAUCAAAAAACUGGAGCAGAAGAUCGACAUGGAUGAGAAGAUGAAGAAAAUGGGUGAAAUGCAGCUGUCUUCUGUCACUGACUCCAAGAAGAAGAAAACUAUAUUAGAUCAGAUCUUUGUUUGGGAGCAAAAUCUCGAGCAAUUCCAAAUGGACCUAUUUCGUUUCCGCUGUUAUUUAGCGAGCCUUCAGGGUGGAGAGCUGCCAAACCCCAAAAGGCUGCUCGCAUUCGCAAGCCGACCAACCAAAGUGGCCAUGGGUCGCCUUGGAAUCUUUUCUGUAUCUUCUUUUCAUGCCCUGGUGGCAGCACGCACCGGCGAGACCGGAGUGAGACGACGUACUCAGGCCAUGUCCAGAUCUGCAAGCAAGCGAAGAAGCAGGUUUUCUUCUCUCUGGGGUCUGGACACUACCUCCAAGAAGAAGCAGGGACGCCCAAGCAUCAAUCAGGUGUUUGGAGAGGGAACUGACGCUGUAAAGAAAUCUUUAGAGGGAAUAUUUGAUGACACUGUUCCAGAUGGCAAGAGGGAGAAAGAGGUGGUCUUGCCGAGCGUCCACCAGCACAAUCCUGACUGCGACAUUUGGGUCCACGAGUAUUUCUCUCCAUCCUGGUUCUGUCUCCCCAAUAACCAACCAGUCCUGUCAGUGGUCCGGCCAGGGGACACCGCCCGGGACACCCUGGAGCUGAUUUGUAAGACACAUCAGCUGGACCAUUCUGCUCAUUACCUGCGGCUGAAAUUCCUAAUAGAAAACAAGGUGCAGCUGUACGUUCCACAGCCCGAGGAGGACAUCUACGAGCUGCUAUACAAAGAGAUUGAAAUUUGUCCAAAAGUCACUCAGAGCAUCCAGAUUGAGAAGUCAGAUGCAGCGGCUGAUAAUUACGGGUUUUCACUUUCUUCUGUGGAGGAAGAUGGUGUGCAAAGGCUCUGUGUGAACAGUGUGAAAGAAACUGGGUUAGCUUCCAAGAAAGGCCUGAAAGCCGGAGAUGAGAUUCUCGAGAUCAAUAAUCAUGCCGCGGGGACCCUGAACUCCUCCAUGCUCAAAGGCUUCCUCUCGCAGCCUGCCCUGAGCCUCCUGCUGAGGACCUACCCAGAGCUGGAAGGAGGAGCCGAGCUGCUGGAGAACCCUCCGCACCGGGUGGACGGCCCUGCAGACCUCGGCGAGAGCCCCCUCACCUUUCUCACCAGCAACCCAGGGCACAGGUUCUGCAGCGAGCAGGGCAGCAGUGGCGAGACUGCUCCGGAGGAGACCGAGGGGCCGGACGUAGAAUCCUCAGAUGAGAUUGAUCACAGCAGCAAGAACACGUUUUGCCGCAGUUUGCACGAGAUGAACCCUUCUGAUCCCAGCCCAUCUCCUCAGGACUGCUCAGGGCCCCAGAUGGCAACCAUGAGACAGCUCUCAGAUGCUGACAAGCUGCGCAAGGUCAUCUGCGAGCUCCUGGAGACAGAGCGCACCUACGUGAAGGACUUAAACUGUCUCAUGGAGCGAUACCUGAAACCUCUUCAAAAAGAAACGUUUCUCACCCAGGAUGAGCUUGAUGUGCUCUUUGGAAACUUAACUGAAAUGGUAGAGUUUCAAGUCGAAUUCCUUAAGACGCUAGAAGAUGGAGUGAGACUGGUCCCUGAUUUGGAGAAGCUUGAGAGAGUUGACCAGUUUAAGAAAGUGCUGUUCUCGCUGGGGGGAUCCUUUCUGUAUUACGCUGACCGCUUCAAGCUCUACAGUGCCUUCUGUGCCAGCCACACGAAAGUCCCCAAGGUCCUGGUGAAAGCCAAGACUGACACCGCUUUCAAGGCGUUCCUGGAUGCCCAGAACCCGAGGCAGCAGCACUCGUCCACCCUGGAGUCUUACCUCAUCAAGCCCAUCCAGAGGAUCCUUAAGUACCCACUUCUGCUCAAGGAGCUGUUUGCGCUGACCGACGCUGAGAGCGAGGAGCACUACCACCUGGACGUGGCCAUCAAGACCAUGAACAAGGUUGCCAGCCACAUCAACGAGAUGCAGAAAAUCCACGAAGAGUUUGGGGCUGUGUUUGACCAGCUGAUCUCGGAACAGACUGGGGAGAAGAAAGAGGUUGCAGAUCUGAGCAUGGGUGACCUCCUCUUGCAUACCACUGUGAUCUGGCUGAACCCUCCUGCCUCUCUGGGGAAGUGGAAAAAGGAGCCUGAAUUGGCCGCCUUUGUCUUCAAAACUGCUGUGGUCCUUGUGUAUAAAGAUGGUUCCAAACAGAAGAAGAAGUUGGUGGGAUCUCACAGGCUUUCCAUUUAUGAGGAGUGGGACCCCUUCCGAUUCCGACACAUGAUUCCCACUGAAGCUCUUCAGGUUCGAGCAUUGGCAAGUGCAGAUGCCGAGGCAAACUCCGUGUGUGAAAUUGUCCAUGUGAAAUCUGAGUCUGAAGGGAGACCAGAGCGUGUCUUCCACCUCUGCUGCAGCUCCCCAGAGAGCCGGAAGGACUUCCUGAAGGCUGUGCAUUCGAUUCUGCGUGAUAAGCACAGAAGACAGCUCCUCAAAACGGAAAGCCUUCCCUCCUCCCAGCAAUAUGUCCCUUUCGGAGGAAAAAGAUUGUGUGCGCUGAAAGGGGCCAGGCCAGCCAUGAGCAGGGCAGUGUCUGCCCCAAGCAAGUCCCUUGGGAGGAGGAGGCGGCGACUGGCUCGAAACAGGUUUACCAUCGAUUCCGAUGCCGUCUCGGCAAGCAGCCCGGAGAAAGAGUCCCAGCAGCCCCCCGGCGGCAGCGGGGACACUGACCGCUGGGUAGAGGAGCAGUUUGACCUUGCUCAGUAUGAGGAGCAGGAUGACAUCAAGGAGACAGACAUCCUGAGUGAUGAUGACGAGUUCUGUGAGUCGGUGAAGGGCGCCUCCGUGGACGGAGACCUGCCCGAGCGGCUUCAAGCUGCCUGCAUCGGUCAGCGGGAGAGAGGCCGGAAAACACUGGACAGCCACGCAUCCCGCAUGGCUCAGCUCAAGAAGCAGGCUGCCCUGUCGGGCAGUGGUGGAGCGCUGGAGAGCGCCAGCGACGAGGUCAUCUGGGUUAGACGCGAAGACUUUGCCCCGUCCAGGAAGCUCAACACUGAGAUCUGACCACAGCCAGCCCGCAGAGAAUGCGUGUAGAUAACUCCUGCCUGUCCCCUGUUCUGUCGGCCAGGAUGUCCCCGUAGGUCGCACUCUUGCACACACGGUUUUGGCAGCUGACCUGGUUCCUAAGCCAUGUAGCCACCCAACUGUCAUUUUUUUGGAAGAAAGAAAAACAAAAUGGAAGGAAUUAUUCUGAUUCCCCCAUAAGCUUGAGUCGGACCUUCUGUAUGUUGCCAAGGGCUUUUAUUUAUUCUGAAUGAAUCAGGGCCUGAAGAAUGGAAAGAGAAUAGAUCCUAUAGCACUGGAAAGCAAGCAUCUCACCUCCCCUCCCCCCAGAGUGGAAGCAUGUACAACAGGAAUCCUGACAGGGGGAGUCCCACACACACAGACACACAAGUAGAGCCUUCUGGGCUGGAAGCCGCUUCCCAACACGCAAGGAAACACAGCAGAACGUCUGUACAGCUUGCAGGGUUCCGUUCCCCUUCCGUCUUCGAUGUCUGCAGAUCUCUGUGUAUUUUUAAGGAUGUGUGCUGAGAGGGUGGCCAUUUCUAUUUCGAUGAACUUUGUUUUCUUUUGUGGGUUUUUUUUUUCCCUGUUUUGGUCUAUGGCUGGUGUUCAUCUAUGUCAGUGUUUGGAAGCUCUGAUUUUGCAUAGAAUUAUAAAGAUGCCAAACUCUUUGAAAAGAGAUUCAAAUGUAUCACUCGAGAGAGAGAAAGAGAAACACUAUUUUUUUGUAUUUUUACCUGAGAUGCAGGGGCACAAAUAGAUGAGAGUUUUACAGUGUUAGUGUAAUUCUGAGUCUAGAAAAACAAGGAUAUAAUCUUUCACAGGGAGAGUGAGGCAUGGUGAUAUUAUGUUUAUAUACAAAAGGCCAUUAAGAAGCUCAUGGUAAGGAUACACUUCUAAGAAGGAGGUUUUUUUUUUUUUCUUUUAAAAAAUGUUUGAAUCUGCAUUUGAGAUGGGAGUUUGGUUGGAUUGAGCCUGAUACUCGAGUGGGCAGUGCGUGAGCCUGUUGCACCUGCCGGGAGGGAGCCUUGCUCACAUGGGGUUGCCAUGGCGAUCACUGGCUUUCCCAUCAGACUUGCAUCUCCAUCCAUAGAUGACCUACUCUUUCCCUGACAGUCCACAACCAAACCUCCUAACACAGUAACCUCAGAACCAUCACUUGCGUUUUACACUUUCUUCAUGCCAACAAAACAGGGUAAACACGCGAAUAAACCGAACAUUCUAAACAGCGAUCCAAACAGGAAGAACAAAAACAAGUUAUAGCACUUUCAAAAAAAAAUUUUUUUUUAAGGUUUAUAGCUUUCCUCCCCUCCUGCCCCAUUUCACAAUGCCCACUUCCUAAGAAGGGUUUAAAUACUAUGAAUUUUUUUCUUUUUUGGGGAAAUUAUCUAUUUGGUGUUUGACACAUCAGUAGGUACUUUAAAGACCUGAAUUUUAUAGUAGCUUUAGGAGUUAUAUUUUAUAAAAAUCAGUUAUGACUUUAUAUUUCCAGACAAUAGAGUUCAGAACAUCACGCUCUUGUGCCCCUGCUCGCUUCUCCUGCUCUCCCACCCUACUUCCCUUCCCUUUUGGGUUUCCAGGGCUAUGAGCUUGAUCUUUUGAAAGUUUUAUUCUAUUAAAUUUUUGCUAUAUAUCUUCUGGUUUUCUUAAAGAGCUUUAGAAUGGUUUCUAUACCCUUUGUAUCACUGCAUUGUUCCAUAUUUCAUCUCCGGUUCGACUGUGUCUGGACGGAAAGCGGAAGCAGAGGCUUCUGGUUGUCGCAUUUGCUGGUCCCCGUGCAACGCGUCCAUUGGAAAAUACUGGAAAGUCUGGUGCUUGGAGAGGGUGCCAUUGUCUCUUGUACAUAAGGUCACGACGUGUCUAUGUCAAAAGUUCUUAUAUAUUUCUUUUAUAAGCUGAAAGAAGGUCUAUUUUUAUGUUUUUAGGUCUAUGAAUGGAACGUUGUAAAUGCCUGUCAAACAAUAAAACUAUUGAAAAGUA